AUGUCGUGGAGGGGUCAUUACGGAGGCUUUAAUAAAAAAUUCGUUUCGGCUUCCCAGAGCAGCUCGGCUUCCACGAGCUUCUCGAGUGGUUUACUCUUUCUGCGGAAAACUUUGAAUUGUUUAUUUCUUGCUUCUAGAAAAAACUGACCUGAGCAAUGUCCCUCCGCCCCCCGUUCUCACCAUUGGAAACCAGCCACUUCCUCCUACGCAAAAAAGCGCUUUCAGUGCAGCUCGUGAAAUGGAGUUGCAGAAGGAACAAGAGGUUUUCCGAAAAUUUUCGGUUUUCAAAGUUCAAAGUUUUCAGUAUGCUAAUCUUAUGGCUUACGGCGCAAAAACAGAGAAGCAAGCUCGGAAAAAACAACUAUAUGAAGACGAGUAUGUUCUUCGAUUCCUUUUUCUAGCAAAAUUUUUCGAAUUAGACACAUUUUAGGUUUUUUAAGCCCCUCUUAUGUUUUUGUCAUUUUGAGCUGCUUGUGAAAAAAGAAUGAAUUGGAAAAAGGCAGAUAAUUUUUAUCAAUUUCACUAUUCGCGUAUCCCUACGGUAUUGAAUUUAAAAAUAUGGAGAUUUUGAAGAUAUUUGGAAGGUGACCAUUCUGACGAAGAAGCUCCUGCGCAGAGUGAGAAACCCGCCGCCGGAGCGAAUGAUGAAGAAGACGAACUGGACGCCUUCAUGGCUGGAAUCAACGAACAGGUCGUUUUUUGCCAUCAUCAUCCCAUUCAUUUCAACUCGACAGCAUGCACGAGCAAAGCCCAAAAGACCGUUUGAGGUUCAUAAAAGGAGAGCAAAUUUUUUGUUUAGAUUUCCGAGAAAAGUCAAAAAAGUUACUUCUCAGCUCUUUUUCAAGAUUCUAAGUGAAGCUAUUUCUAUGGAGUUUUACUCCUUCUUUCUCCAAACUUGUUUCGUCCUUCUUCAACACCUUUUUAUCUCCUUGAAAAGACCAUGAAAAAAAAAGUCUCAAAAAGCUCUAUGAGGAGCCUUUUUAGACAUUCAGAAAUUUUGCGGGAAGUUUACAGAAUUUUGCAAACUGCAAAUAAAAUUAACUCUCUUAUAACACUCAUAACUUUCGCCAUUGAAAACAAAUUUCUCUGAUUUUUUUCUCGGCGGUUUAAGAAGUUUUUUGACAGUCUGGUUUUCGAAGUUAAAUUUAUUGCAGAGUAAUUCAAGAAAAAACUACAUUUUGCAUAACUUUUCUUCGUUUUCUUUUCUUAUUCGAGAAGCUUUCAGGCGUCAAAAGAUAAGGCGGAAGCAGAAGUGAAGGAAAAAGACCGAGCAAUCGGAAAAGAUACCAAAAAAGACGUGAAAGGAAUCGGACGAGCUGACAUCGACGAAGAAGACAUGCAGGAGUCCUAUUUCAAGUAAAUUAAAGGGUUUUGGCAUCGGGAAUGUUGGUUUGCAGGUACAUGGAGGAACACAAGGAGAGACUUGGGGCAGAAGAAGAGGAGUACGAGUACGACGAAGAUGGGAACAUCGUUUGGACCUGGAAAAAGGUAGAUUUGUGCCUCUUUGCCCCUGAUAGGAUAACAUUUUUUUCAGACUGUGUUAAACUUUUUUUAAAACUCGGGCAUCAAAGAAAGUCUAAUGAAUUUAUGCAAAAAAAAACUCUGAGGUUAUUACAGUUUCCAUUGGUUUUGAUGUGUUUCUUUUAGCAUGUGCUUGUCUCUCAAUACUCCUUCAUUGAUUUUUUUUCAUAAGUUUUUUUCAUAAUAUUAGCAGGGUUAUUUACCGAAAACUUUAGAAGAAAUCUUUGUGGCGUUUUUUAAUAUUCUAUGACACUUUUCAGGCCUGUGUAAACAGCAUGUAAUAAUCGUCGAAUUGAGGUGAUCGACCCUCUGCCGACCAUCGACCACUCUCAGAUUGACUACGCGCCGUUUCCGAAAAACUUCUACGUUGAACACGAAGACAUUGCGUACAUCCAUGAUUCUCAGCGGAUCUAUAAUGGAAUCUUCAGACGUCUUCACCUGAUGGAUGUGAUAAAGCUCCGGGAGAAAUUGUCUCUUCGGGUCGGUGGAUUGAAUCCGCCGAAGCCGGUCUGCUCCUUCGCUCAUUUUUCUUUCGACAAGGCACUUUUGGAAGCGAUUAGAAAAAGCGAGUUCGAACACCCGACCCCCAUUCAGUCUUUGGUAGCCUAUUUUGCCUUUUGUCCUUUCCAAGAAGCAAUCGAAGGCCAUUCCUGCUGCGCUUUCUGGCCGAGAUGUCCUCGGAAUCGCCAAAACAGGCAGUGGAAAGACGGCCGCUUACUUGUGGCCUGCAAUAGUUCAUAUCAUGCAUCAAUCCGAUCUGAAGGUUCCUAGAUCUUUUGCGUUUUCUGUACUAACUUUUAUUUCUCAGGAAGACGAAGGCCCUAUUGCUUUGAUUGUUGUUCCAACGCGUGAACUGGCUAUUCAGGUUUCUACAAGUUUAUAUACCAGUAAAAAAAAAUCAUUAGGCGGAAUAAACAAGCGUCGAAUUAGAACCAAAAAGCUCUUAUAUAUUAAAAAAAGAGCUCACAAUAAUAUCUAUAGAUCGUUAAUUCAUGCGAAUGUUCUUCCGACACGUGUCAAUACUUUUUUUUUCUGACGAUUUUCGUGAAUUUUUUUUUUGGAGCUUCUACUUCACUAGUUGAAGAGUAACAUUUUUUGCAGAUUUAAUAAUUAAGGAAGUGAACGAGUAGAAUUCAAGAUCGGUUUUUUCGCAGGUUUACACGGAGGCCAAGCGUUUCUGCAAAGUCUACAACAUCAACGUGGUCUGUGCCUACGGCGGUGGCAGCAAAUGGGAGCAAGCGAAUGAACUGAAAAAUGAGGGCGCCGAAUUGGUCAUUUGCACGCCGGUUAUCGACUUCAUGUUUCCAUUGAAACAUAUUGAUUUAAGGGACGAAUAAUCGAUUUGGUUAAAAUGGAAGCAACCAACUUUUUGCGCACCACUUUCCUUGUCUUCGAUGAAGCGGAUCGCAUGUUCGACAUGGGAUUUGGUUCGUUCCGAGUGGUCAAUGCAUUCACAAGGAUAUUUCACAUAUAUCCUGUUUUGAUAGAUUUUUUUUUCUUCUAGCGACAAAAAAAAAUGUGACGAAAAUUCUUUUUAGCUCAGCUUCGGUAUUUAUCGAUUAGAUAACUUUAAUUUUUUUCCUCUGAAAAAAAUCUUCUUGAAGAAAGACAAAAAAAUUUUUUUAUUAUGGACGAGUGUCAUCUGAAACAACGAUUAUGAAGUUCUAAAAGAUCAAGUUUUUUUUUUCGUGCUUUUGUCUUCGACAUAAACUAAAUUUUCAAAUGCUUCCCCAGAAGAAAUUCUUUUUUUAGAGGGAAACUCUAUCGGAUAAAUAAUAAAUGUGCCGUUAACAAAAGAAAAUGAUGUGUUGAUACGCGAUAUAACGAUUUUCCUGUGAACGCUGCCUUUGUUCAGAAGCCCAAGUGAAGUCGAUUUCGGACCAUGUCCGCAGCGAUCGGCAGUGUCUCAUGUUCAGUGCCACUUUCAAACAAAAGGUUUUUUGAAAGGCUCUUCUCCUUCCACAGACUAGAUUUAGGUAGAAAGAUUGGCUCGCGAUGCGCUUUGUGAUCCCGUCAGAAUAGUCCAAGGCGAGAUCGGCGAGGCGAACGCGGACGUCGAGCAGAAAAUGCUCCUGAUGUCCAACCAAGAAGCCAAGUGGAACUGGCUCACCUCCAACUUGGUCAAAUUCGCUUCUCGUAAGCUUUUUGGAAGUUUCAAGGGAGUUAACAAUGAUUGCAGUUGGGAAGGUGUUGAUCUUUGUGACGAAAAAGUUGGAUUCUGAAGAAGUCGCGAGGAAACUGAAGGUUGGAGAAUCGGACCAUUGAAUAAUGUGGAAGUUGAUCUCAGCUCCGGGACUUUAACCUCGUUCUUCUUCAUGGAGAUAUGCUGCAAGCAGAAAGGAACGAACACUUGCUCUUGUUCAGGAAAAACAUACAGAUAAUGGUGGCCACGGACGUUGCCGGUACUUGCCCAAAAUGAUAGUUACUCGUCUCACCUAUUUAUUUGAGCGCGGGGGCUGGAUAUCGCGGAAAUCCGUACUGUCAUCAACUACGACAUGGCAAGAGAUAUUGACACUCACGUUCAUAGAAUCGGUAGAACUGGUCGUGCUGGUACGUAUUUCAACUAGGAGAUGGCUUUUUUGACGUUGUUGAAAGGAGAGGCUUUCAAAAACGCAUGGAGACAAAAAUAUUAAUCUGAAUGAGACUGAAUCAGAAAAGUCUAUCUCAAUGAAAAAACCAUCAAAUUUGAAACAUUCCUCUCACAAUAGUGAUUUGUAAGGUUUUGUAAGUUUUACUAUAAUAUAACCCAGUUGCCACGACUUGAAAUAACGGAGUUUCUCUGCAUUCUAUUUUUUUUUGUGAUGUUCUCGUUUUAGCAUACUAUUUUCAUGUUUCUAUGACCAUACAUGAGAUACUCUUGGUGGGAACUGAAAAGGAGGUUGGCAAAAACCAUUAAAAAAUGUUCAGGGUGCGCGCUAAAUGGCGCUAGUCAGAUCUUAUAAAAAAAAAAACGAAAAUUCAUUUUGUAAAAUUCAAUUGACCGGCAGAAGCGAUUUUUUUCUUAGUUAAAAGUGAUCGGGGAAAAAACACUUUUCAUUUUCGGAUUCAGCACUAUCAAAGUAGUCUGGUUCGACCUUUCAAUGGCAACUAUUGGGUGUAUAGGCUCCAUAGAAUGGCCUGGAAUGUAUAUUUUUUUUCAGGUAACAAAGGAACAGCAUACACUCUGUUUACCGACAAAGAUGCUGAAAUGGCAGGCCACCUCGUCAAAAACCUUGAAAGCGUCGGACAAGACGUUUGAAAGGAAACAAUUUUGGAUCACAGUUCCGAACUUUACAGGUGCCGCAGGAGUUGAUGAAAUUGGCGCUGAAAACGCCGCACUUCCAGGCGCAGCGCCAGAGCGGAGGUUUCAGCUCUGGUCCGCAGCAGAGACUCGGCCUCGGCUACCAUCCCAAGACGAGGGCCGAUCGUUCUGGUCCGUUUGCUUCCGAAUCAUUCAAUUUCCUCGAUUUCUCCAGAUAAAAACCUCGAUCCUCUGAGGGAACAGAAAUCUUCGACCCACAAAAAGUCUGUUCACGACAUCGUCCAGAGUGCUGCUUCUUCCUCUUCUUCUUCUUCUUCCGGUACCUCUCCAGGAAACGCGCGAAUGUCCAUUUUGAAAUCUGCGUUCAAGGUUUUCGGAUCGUUCUUUUUUUAUUUUUGCUUUCCGUUUCAGCAAUCUUUUCAGUCUACCUUUCAAAAACCGAAAUCUGAGGAAUCUUUUCUUCCACAGCAGGUUUUUUUCAUUUUGACAACAAGAAUGUGGGGAGGAUAUUUCAGGUGGCGUCAGACCCGCGGCCAGAAUGGAAACGAAAAAUCGAUGAACUCAACGCUCGGUUCACACAGCAGAGGCCGCAGCAACCGGCCGAAGCGCCUCAAGAAACUGAGCAGCCCAAAAAGAAAAGUCGCUGGGAGUAA